AGGAGGAGCCGUGAACACUCAACAUAUAAACAUUACAACGUCGCCAGCUAACAGUUAGCAGACAGACAAACGUCCCCACAGGAGGACAGACAGCUCUUCCCUUCAGUGAGACAGACACACAACCCACCGGGAGACCCCCAGCCAAGAAAAGCCCUCUCUCAGAGACUACUGUGAAUGUAAUGGUGCUUUCUGCUACCCGAGCUACGUGAGAAAUGCAGUCAUCGUCAUAGCAUCACUGGUAGGCUUGACUCUGGAUUAACACGACCAUGGAGUCCUCCUCUGAGGCCCAGCAGGAGCCUGAGAAAACUUUGCCCCAUGCAGAGUUGAAAGAGCACCAUGCCACCUCUGCUGCUGUAGUGAGCGGGGAUGACACCCUCCUUCUGACCCCAGGCAGGAUGAGCCAGCGCCAGGUGAAGGAGCGGGACAAGGAGAGGGAGAAGGACAAGGACAAGGAGAAGGAGGCGGGCCUCCAAACACCCAACAGGGAACAUGUCGCCACCCCCUCCACCCUGAGCCCGGGGGUCAGCUACAGCCACGGUUUUGAGAGAGGAAAGGAGGACCUGCUGUCUCUGCCUUUGAAAGAAGACACACAUUCCAUAUCUAAGAGCAAGUCUGAAACAAAGUUGUAUAAUGGCUCUGACAAGGAUGUGUCCGCAUCCGGAGGAAAGCUCACCAAAAAGGAGUCCCUCAAGGUGCAGAAGAAAAACUACAGAGAAGAGAAGAAGAGGGCGACCAAGGAGCUGCUCAGCACCAUCACUGAUCCCUCCGUCAUCGUCAUGGCCGACUGGCUAAAGAUCCGUGGCACUCUGAAGAGCUGGACCAAGCUGUGGUGUGUGCUGAAGCCGGGCGUCCUUCUCAUCUAUAAAACCCACAAAAACGGACAGUGGGUGGGAACGGUGCUGCUGAACGCCUGCGAGCUCAUUGAGAGGCCCUCCAAGAAGGACGGCUUCUGCUUCAAGCUGUUUCACCCGCUGGAGCAGUCCAUCUGGGCCGUCAAGGGUCCCAAAGGAGAGGCAGUCGGCUCCAUCACUCAGCCGUUACCCAGCAGCCACCUCAUCUUCAGGGCUGCCUCCGAGUCUGAUGGUCGAUGCUGGAUGGAUGCCUUAGAGCUAGCCCUGAAGUGCUCCAGUCUUCUCAAGAGGACCAUGAUCCGGGAGGGGAAAGAGGACAUGAGCACAGUAGCCACCGGUGGAGAACACUCCAUAAAUUUCUACAGCCUUCUCAGAGCCCACAACAUCCACGGCUUCCAGUUCAAUGACAGUGACCAUUUGAAAGACCCAGACCUGUACUCAGACAAGUCGGACAGGGAGGGGGAGCAGGACCACGAGGAGUCGGAUCCAGAGGGCCUCGAGAAGAGUGAAGAGAGCGACAGCGACACGUCAGAGCGCCAAGACGACUCGUACAUCGACCUUGAUCCUAAUGAGCAUCUGCGGGAAACACCAUACCUGGAGCAGUCCCAUGAGGAGCUCGGAGAGGCUGGCGAAGCUGCUCAGACAGAGACGGUGUCAGAAGAGAAUAAAUCUCUGAUCUGGACUCUACUGAAGCAGGUGCGACCUGGCAUGGAUCUGUCCAAGGUGGUGCUGCCCACCUUCAUCCUGGAGCCGAGGUCCUUUCUGGACAAACUCUCCGACUACUACUACCACGCAGACUUCCUGUCAGAGGCUGCAAUCGAAGAGAACGCCUACAACCGCAUGAAGAAGGUUGUGAAGUGGUACAUCUCUGGGUUUUACAAAAAGCCAAAGGGCUUGAAGAAGCCUUACAACCCCAUUAUUGGAGAGACGUACCGCUGCAUGUGGCUCCAUCAGAAGACCAACAGCAAAACCUUCUACAUCGCAGAGCAGGUUUCCCAUCAUCCUCCAGUGUCAGCUUUCUACGUCAGCAACAGGAAGGAUGGAUUUUGCCUCAGUGGAAGCAUCCUCGCAAAGUCCAAAUUUUAUGGAAACUCCCUGUCGGCCAUAUUGGACGGGGAGGCCCGGCUAACGUUCCUAAACCGAGGAGAGGACUACGUGAUGAAUAUGCCGUACGCUCACUGUAAAGGCAUCCUGUACGGUACCAUGACCCUGGAGCUGGGCGGUGGGAUCUCCAUUUUGUGCGAGAAAACGGGCUACAGCGCUCAGCUCGAGUUCAAACUGAAGCCGUUCCUGGGCAGCAGUGACAGCGUGAAUCAGGUCUCUGGAAAGAUCAAGCUCGGGAAGGAGGUUUUGGCUACGCUGGAAGGACACUGGGACAGCGAGAUCUUCAUCAACGACAAGAAGACAGGGACGUCCGACACGUUUUGGAACCCGACUCCAGACCUGAGGCAGAGUCGACUGACGCGCUGCACCGUCCCACCAGAGGAGCAGGGAGAGCUGGAAUCAGAGAGGCUGUGGCAGCAUGUGACCCGAGCCAUCAACAACAAGGACCAAACGGAGGCCACCAACGAGAAGUUCAUCCUGGAGGAGGUUCAGAGGAAAUCUGCACGUGAACGGAAAGCCAAAUGUGAGGAGUGGAUCCCUGCGCUGUUUGAGCAGGACCCAGUCACCGGAGAGUGGCAUUACAGAUAUGCCGACACGAGGCCAUGGGAUCCGCUCAACGACCUGAUCCAGUUUGAGAAAGACGGCUGUAUCCAGACCAAGGUCCGACACCGCACCCCUAUGGUACGUUCUGGCAGUCUUAUUAGUCUGAGUAACCAGGCGCCGCGGAGGGACAAUUGCAAGUGCCAGGUAACGGUGCCAAAGAGGAAACAUAAAAGCGACAAGCCCAAGAGCCCUGAGAGCGGCUGCUCGUCACCAGAACCCGACCGACAGGACUCGUCUGGCAGCGAACGACACAAAAGUAAACAUAACAGCCGGCUGAGGAAAAAAGGAACCGACCUCAGUGAACUUCAAAGUGCCAUUGAAUCUAUAAAGAAGACGCAGGAGGACAUUAACAGGAGCAUCAGCGUGCUGCGGAGCCGUGCAGCCGGCCGGGUAGAGGGAGCCUCUUUCCUCCAGCAGCGCGACUACGUCAUCAUCGUGUUCCUCGUCCUUCUUCAGGUCCUUAUCAACUACGUCUUCAAGUAGCAGCCAUACACUGCGGAGAGAGUGGUGCCCUCACACACGCACGCACACACACACACACACUCACACCCUCCUGACACACUCUCUGAACAUGAGGGAGGGGGGGUCUCAAAGAGGUGAACUUUUACGUCUCGCAAUUAUCGAGGUCUCGAACUCUCUUCUUCUCUGUCGUUAUUUAAUCCAACUACACACGUCCAGAAAAGUGGAGCCUGACUUCCAUAAAGAGACUUUUUAAAACUAAACUUUUAACCAGUUCAUUCCAAAAACUGUGGGGAGAUCCGCAGAUUUCAAAGAGGAGACGAGCAGCGAUAAGGAGGAGAAAGUGGAGGUGUGAUAAAGUCUCUUAACUGCCACUCCGGAGCUCACUGAUUUGCCUUGAUGUAGGGGCAAAGACAGCAGCUGUUUUUUGUUGUUGUUGGUUUUUUUAAAAGCUGUUGUUUGUUUUCUUUUGAUUCACAUUUCACCUCAAACAACAGGGAACCUUUUAAACACGAGGAGACGAGCGCUACGACUCGGAUGGUCACAGACUUUGAAAAAAAUAAAAAUAACACCACACCUUUAA